CUUCCUACACAAACCUUUGGAAUCCUACUACCAUCCCCCAGACAAUGGCAAAUCCCAAAUCGAGCGGUGGCAAUAAGUCCAAGGGAAAAGGACACCAGCACCGGCAGUCGCAGCAAAAUUCGCAUCAGCAGCAGCAGCAGCCGCAGCAGACGCAGAUGCAAACCCAGCUAACACCUGCACCGGUGGCAGCUACCAAUUUGAACCCACCCACCGCCACGCCGCUGGCCUCGCAUCCGUCGGAGGACACUCUGGCCUUGGCCGCAGCCGUGGCCGCUUCGAUUCCAGCUGCCCCCCUUGCUCGACCCCUGCCCGAUCGCCGUACAACCACGCCGACAGUGGUGACCCCGACCGGUAACAGUUCGUCGGAGACCCGCAAUGCCGCUGAAAAUCUGGCCACCUCGCGAACCGCAUCGGCGGCAGUCGGCGCCUCUGAGAACAGACGCGGCAUCUUACAGCGGCUCUUCGGAUGGGGCUCGUGAUGGGUUCCCCUUCUCGCCAACAAAAUCCCCCAGCAAACCGUGCACUUGAUCGAAGUUGUAUCCUUUAGAUUCUUCAACCGAUAAUACCAUGAAAUCGAAAAUUCUUAAUUCA